UCACAGUCUUAGUUUCACCACUUGAACUUGGACUUGGCACCCACUGCAGCCCUCGACUCCCAGUCCUGGGCGAGAGCGCGGCAAGUGCGGGGUCAGCGGAUCCGGGACGCGCGUGCACUGGGCAGUGAGCGGCACGCAAGUUGGGCAUGAACCUGGAGGGCGGCGGGCGCGGCGCUGAGUUCGGCAUGAGCGCGGUGAGCUGCGGCAACGGGAAACUCCGCCAGUGGCUCAUCGACCAGAUCGACAGCGGCAAGUACCCUGGGCUGGUGUGGGAGAACGAGGAAAAGAGCAUCUUCCGCAUCCCCUGGAAGCACGCGGGCAAGCAAGACUACAACCGCGAGGAGGACGCCGCCCUCUUCAAGGCCUGGGCGCUGUUUAAAGGCAAGUUCCGAGAAGGCAUUGAUAAACCAGACCCUCCCACUUGGAAGACCCGCUUGCGCUGCGCCCUGAACAAGAGCAACGACUUCGAGGAGCUGGUGGAGAGGAGCCAGCUAGAUAUCUCGGAUCCCUACAAAGUGUACAGGAUUGUCCCUGAGGGAGCCAAGAAAGGAGCAAAGCAGCUCACCCUAGAGGACCCACAGAUGACCAUGGGCCAUCCCUACACCAUGGCGACUCCCUACACCACACUCCCAGCCCAGCAGAUUCAUAACUACAUGAUGCCACCACCCCCGGAACGAAGCUGGAGGGACUAUGUCCCCGAUCAGACACACCCAGAAAUCCCCUACCAAUGUGCCGGGACAUUUGGCCCCCGCAGCCACCACUGGCAGGGCCCAACCUGUGAAAAUGGUUGCCAGGUGACGGGAACCUUUUAUGCUUGUGCCCCACCCGAGUCCCAGGCUCCCGGAAUCCCCAUAGAGCCAAGCAUAAGGUCUGCCGAAGCCCUAGCGCUCUCAGACUGCCGCCUGCACAUCUGCCUGUACUACCGGGAAAUCUUGGUGAAGGAGCUGACCACGUCCAGCCCUGAGGGCUGCCGGAUCUCCCACGGACACACUUACGAUGCCAGCAACCUGGACCAGGUCCUGUUUCCUUACCCAGAGGACAAUGGCCAAAGGAAAAACAUUGAGAAGCUACUGAGCCACCUGGAGCGUGGCGUGGUCCUCUGGAUGGCCCCAGAUGGGCUCUAUGCCAAAAGACUGUGCCAGAGCAGGAUCUACUGGGAUGGGCCCCUGGCGUUGUACAGCGACCGGCCCAACAAACUCGACAGAGAUCAGACAAGCAAGCUCUUCGAUACGCAGCAGUUUUUAUCAGAGCUGCAAGCGUUUGCUCACCAUGGCCGUCCGCUGCCAAGAUUCCAGGUGACCCUGUGCUUUGGGGAGGAGUUCCCAGACCCUCAGCGGCAGAGGAAGCUCAUCACAGCUCACGUAGAACCACUGCUAGCCAGACAACUCUACUAUUUUGCUCAGCAAAACAGCGGACAUUUCCUGAGGGGCUACGAUUUGUCUGAACACAUGAACAGCCCAGAGGAUUAUCACAGAGCUAUCCGCCACUCUUCCAUUCAAGAAUGAACCAGCAUCCAGAAGAUUGUUGUAAAUAUUGGACGAAGACAGCUGACGGACAGUUCUCUUUCCCCUCCGAGUCACUCCGCCGUGGGAUUACCCCUGCUCCACGACUGAAAAUCGCGGCAGGAAUGGGGUGGGGAGUCAGUCCCUUGAUUGACAGAUGACUAUUCCCAAAGGAGAGCCAAUCUUCCACAAGUAGGCUUACGUCUGUGUCCUUGCAGACCUGCUCAUGCUGACCGUGACUGUGAAACCUGAGCCAAUGGUGUGUUUACAUGCACUUCCGUGCUGUUCUCUUCCUUCGGUGUAGGAUAG